UGGUGCGCCGAGCGGGUGUCAGUGCGGCGGGCUGGCGGGGUGAGAGAGGUCGGGCAGUGGCGGCGAUGGCGUCUAAGUGUCCCAAGUGCGACAAGACCGUCUACUUCGCUGAGAAGGUGACGUCGCUGGGCAGGGACUGGCACAAGUUCUGCCUGAAAUGUGAGCGCUGCAACAAGAUCCUGUCACCGGGCAGUCACGCUUCGCAUGACGACAAGCCCUACUGCCACAAGCCGUGCUAUGCCACCUUGUUUGGACCGAAGGGUGUCAACAUUGGAGGUUUCGGCUCCUACAUCUACGACCAGCCCCCUCCGUCCUCGGGCACUCAGCCCGCCCUGGUCCCCGAGGACCCAGUGCCCAAGGCAGCCGUGCUGAAGACAGCAGCCCCUGCCCGGGGCCCCAGCAAAGCCUCGAGCAUGACCACGUUUGCCGGGGAGCCCAACAUUUGUCCGAGGUGCGAGAAGAAAGUCUACUUUGCUGAGAAGGUGACGUCGCUGGGCAAGGACUGGCACCGCCCCUGCCUGCGGUGUGAGCGCUGCAACAAGACCCUGAAUCCAGGUGGCCAUGCAGAGCAUGACGGACAGCCCUACUGCCACAAGCCCUGCUACGGAAUCCUGUUUGGACCAAAAGGGGUCAACACUGGAGUUGUUGGCAGCUACAUCUACGAGAAGAUGGACGCCCCCGGGGACCAGUGACGGGCAUGUCCGACCCCAGCUGAAUCCAUCGGAUAUCGCUGACUUCCCAAUGCUGACGCAAGGUGCACAGACACUCUACUCACAACACACCGCGACAGUAGCUUAGAAACCCUGAACUAGGCCUACCCCAGGUAUUAACUGUAGUUUGAACUAGUGUGCUGUUGACCAACUAGUAUUUAAUUUGCGUGGACUGUAUCACGGUGGGGACAUGGCUCCCCGUCACUGGCCCCUGAUCUUUCACAGCGUCAGAGCAGGUGAGAGCCGUCAAAGGGUCUUCCCAAAGUUCUCGAGGCAGAGAAUGAUGGUAGGCCUGAGGCAGCAGCUUGUGAGGACAGUGGAUCUGUGGGCAGUAACACCAGCCCCACGCUGACCUUGUGUUGAUCUGUGCUGCCCCUCCCAGGCUCCGAAACCCUCCUCCCCUCCUCAUGAAGAGCUGUGUGUCUGAUCGUCCCUCACCAUACACCUCCACUCUCCCUCCUGAAACUUCAGGCCUCUACUUACAGUAUUAUAUUCAGCAAAGUACUGCUUAAAGAAUGCGUUUUUUUUAAAUGUACCAACAAAGAGAAGCAUCCUGUUAAUAUGCAUUAAUGAGAGUUAAUUGAAGUUAUCUUUUACUGGUAAUAAACAAUGCCAAACUUUU